GACAGGUGGCCACAGCAGCGAGUGACAGCCAGUGCCCAUGGCCGGGGACACCAGGAUGGCCGGGAAGGUGGCGCUGCUCCUGUGGGCCCAGACCCUCAGCCUCGCUGGUGCCCAGAGCACCCAGCUCCUGGUGGAGCCCCCCUGGACGCCGGCGGUGCUGUGGGACCGGGUGACACUGACCUGCCAGUGCUCGGGGACCGCCGGUGCCACCUCCUGGUACAAGGACGGGCAGCGCUGGGGGCAGGAGCAACGACACAGCUUCACUGUCACUGAGAGUGGCACCUACACAUGUGGCGGACCUGGCACAGGGCGCAGCUCCCCCGUGACAGUCUCAGAUGACUGGCUGGUGCUGCAGGUUCCGGCGCGGGCGCUGCUGGAGGGGGACACGGUGACACUGCGCUGCCGGGGCCGGCAGAACAAUUCGGUCACCAGGGUGUCCUUCUACCGUGACAGACAAGAACUGAGGGCGCUCCACAAUGGGAUUGAACUGUCACUGUCCCCUUUACAGCUGCACCACAGCGGCCACUAUCACUGCAGGGGCUGGGUGAAAUACUGGGGGUGGUGGGAGCAGUCAGCAGCGGUGCCAGUGCCAGUGCAAGGUGAUCACCUCACAGCUGCCACCCCAAAACACUCAUGGCCCUUCCCCAGAGACUUGGGGUCACAAAUCCCCCUCCCAUAUUCCCAGACCCUAUGUCUGUCUUGGCACAGGAGGGUGCCCCCAAACUUCCCGAGGGGUCCCCCCUCAAUCUCAGCUGCCUCAGCACCCCCAGCCCCCUGCGGCCCCCAGCCCCCCUCCUGUACCGCUUCUACCGGGACGGGCAGUCGGUGGGCGGCCCGCAGGGGUCCCCGCAGCUCCUGGUGCCCGCCGUGGGGGUCUCCCACUCGGGGAAUUACAGCUGCGAGGUGCGCUCCGAGGGCGGGGCCGUGCAGAAGAGCAGCGCCCGGCUCGGCGUCACGGUGCACAGUGAGUGCGGGAUGGGCACGGGGAGCUCCCACAGCCCCCACGGGACCCCACCUGGGUACAUCCCUGUACCCCAGAAAUCUUUCUUGUGUCCCCCCACGUCUGCCCUGUGUCCCAUCAUUGCUCUUUGUGUCCUCUCACCCAUCAGUGGUUGACCCCAUCCAUGACAUUUUCGUAUCAUACCCAUGCGUCCCAUACCCACCUGCCCCCACUAUGGAUGCCAACCCCUCCCUUGGCCUCAGCCCUGUCCGUGUCCCCGCAGUGCCCGUGGCCAAUGCCACCAUCACCCCCGGUCCCCCGGCACUCCAGAUGUGCCCAGGUGACCCCGUGACCCUGCGCUGCUCGGUGCAGGUGGGCUCAGCCCCUGUCACCUUCACCUGGCUGCAUGAUGGGCAGGAGGUUGGCCAGGGUCCCCUCCUGGAGCUUGGUGCCGUCGAUGUGGGACAUUCGGGCACCUACCAGUGCGUGGCCACCAACCAGCUGGGACAGGACGGGCACCGCGUGUUCCAGGCACUCAGCCCAGAGCUGGCCCUGGAGGUGACACCACAGGGAACCACUGGACACCACUGGAUCACAGCAGUGGCCACAGGCUUUGGUGGGUCCCUCCUCUUCCUGGUCCUGCUCGUGGGUGGAGCUGUGGGCUUGUACCAGUGGAACAGCAAGACUUCCAGGAAGCAGCAGGAAAGGGCCCCCACAGAGGAUGGGGAGGUGCUGUACACCCACGUCGUGAGCACCAAGCAGAUGGGAGUGUCCCCCUGUGCCACCACACUCCAGGAUCCCCAGGGUUGCCCACCCUGCCCGGGAGAUGGACACGAGUGGGGCAUCCCAUGUGGGGCUGUCCAGAGCUCCCCGUUCCAGUGCUCCCAGUUGUCCCAGUACCUCCAGGGGCUCCACAUUCCCUCCUCCUGGGACACGGCACUAGACCUUUGUCCCACCGACUGGACACAAAACUCAGAUUUUGAAUUAAACUGGAAGAAAUGGUUCUUGUUUGUUCAGCUCUGCCCGCUCAGCUCAGGAUGGAGGAGGGUCCCCGUCAGGCUGUUGAGCAGAUCCUUGUGGGAUUUGCAGGAUUUUUGGGGCUCUCUCAGUCCCUUAAGGAAAGGGACCAAAUGAUCAAUUGCUGCAUUUCUGGACUGGUUCCCUCACAGCUGCCCCUGCAGGGGGGGUUUCCAGCCAGCCCUGCUUUGAAAAACGUCAAAGGCCCUCACAGAGUCACUGCUUGGGCUCACACUGGGUUUUGUGCUUCUUGCAGGGCUGACAAAACCACAGCCAGGCCUUUUCCCCCACAGACAGAAUUCUCACCUUUGCAGCAGCUCAAAAGCUGCGAGAAACAAAGGCAAGGGGAUGGGGGGAGCCUCAGGUCCUGGCUGCCAACUGGGGCUGGCCAGAGCAGGGCUGGCCAAAGCCCUUUCCUGUGCAGUGGCCAAGUCGAGAAGCUCCCCAAAAUCUUCCCAGCAGAAAAGAAACUUCUUGUGGGGAUGGCUGGGGGAAUCUGAGCCCCAAGAUGAGUCCAAUGCUUUCCCGGUAGCCCAAAAUCUCUGGGAGAGAUUGCAGAAUCGUGUGUUUGUGCACAGGGAUAAUUAAAAGCACGACUGAACUUCAGGAAUGCUGGGUCUAAUUGCAGGAGCACGUUAACGGUCUGCUCCUCCUCCCUAACCUCCACCCCUUCAUCCUCUUCCUCCUCUUCCUCCUCUGCCUCCUCCUUGUCCUCCCCCUGUGGCUGCUGUGUCGGCACCAGCAGUGCCCCAGGAAGAGCAGCAGCUCCAAACGUGCUGAGGAGCCCCUGAGGAUCCCUGGCAGUGUCAGCAAGGAGCACCUGCUUUCCUCAACACCCCAGGGGAAUUCAACAUUCCUAGAGCUGCUGUGCCAGGGCUGAAGGAGGAAAAGGCAGUGAAAGGCUGAGGGUUUUCAGGAAUUGUGGUGGAAAGGCACGAGAGGUGCUGCUGUGGGCCUGAGACCUGCCUGGGGUUCGGCGCUGCCUUCCUUGCGUUCCCAUCAGGGAGAGCGGUCGCGGGUGUUGCGCAGGGUGUGUGCCUGGGCCGGGACACUGCUACGCUGCCACCGGGCACCAGGAUCCAAGCUGCUGCCUUCGUCUCUUCUGCCCGGGCGCUGCCGGUGCUGGUGCCGGGACCGAUUGGUGCAAAGUGUGAGUUUGCCAAAGGAGCGAUUUGGCCUCGUCCCUCCCGCCCGAGGCCGCCAUGGCCCCCGAGGGGUU